AUUAUAACCUAGCAGUAAUUAUAGCCUAGUAGAUGUAGUACCAAUUCAUGUCUCUAAUAUUUAAAUCACAUUAUAUUAUUUCAGGACUGAAAAUGAAUGGAAAUGAAUUUCCCUUGUCACAUGGACCUAGUCAUUCAGUCAAUGUUCAAGCAGAGGCGUUGCAACAUCAAAACAAGAUGAUGAAUGGAAGUGAUAUGCAACCUACUCACUUCAUGAAUGAGUCAGACAUGCGCUAUUCUUUCAAUGAUCCUAGUGCAGUUUCCUUACUGGUUCCCGUGUUCUUUGCGCAAAGACCAGAAUUCACAAAUGUACUUUCAUUUCCCCACCAACAAUACGUUGAAGAAAACUACCACACUGCUUGCGCAUCGGCACAUGAGAUGGCCAAACCACCAAGUUUUCUUGAGUUCAUGGCAAGCGAUGUAACAUAUCCGCCACACUUUUCAUAUCAUGAACCCGGCUUAGCUGCAUGUGUCUCUCAAAAUGUGCCGAAUGUGGUGCCGGGCCUUGUUGAAUGUAUCUCCAACAUACCUUCAACUGUUGCAUCCAAUACGAGUGCUGCAUCACCUUACAGUUUACAUGAAGCACACAAUUUUCCACCACCACCAAAAAGAACAGAAAAUGAGGUGAGCUGUGAUGUGACGAGCGCUGACAAAGAGAAAGUCCACUCCCCUAAAACAUACCAGACCUCACUUCAAAUCGAAGGAGGUAAAAAAGCAAAACCAGUAUCAAAAUGUGAGCUAUGUUCCCAAACCUUCUCCAGACCAGACAACUUAAAGCGGCACAUGCGCAACAUCCACACUCUCACCAGCACCUCAGGUUACAUUUGCCAAAAAUGUGGUAAAGAGAUAAAACGUCACGACAACCUUGUCCAUCACGAACUACAGUGUUCAGGAGGAGCCGCUAAAGGCACCGAACCAUCCCGCUUACUGUACGAUUGUACAGUUUGCAACAAAUCAUACUACCGUAAGCAGGACCUCAAAAGACACAUGUCAGUGGUGCACACUGAGGUUAAGAGUCUGUUUGGGUGUGCUGAUUGUAGUUUUACCACGCCCUACAAAGUGGUGUUAAAGCGCCACUAUCACAUGUACCACCAACAGUACAAGGGACUGUAUUCGUGUCCCCGGUGUGGGGUGGAUUUUAGGACACAACACGGCCUGGCUAAACACAGGAGAGACAAUGACUGCUCUACUAUUGAUAUUAACACGUGUAAAACGUGUUUAAUUAGGUUCAGGACUAUUUACAAGCUUAAAGAACAUUUUAGGAGUGAGCAUGCUGAAGCUUUAGCUUUGUUCUUGAAGACUGGGGAGGAUGCGGAGGAUUGUUUUGGUAAUUUUAGUGUCUCAGAUUUAUACGGGAUCGAUGAAAUGACGGAGACUCCUGAGGAUGUCAUGCCUUCAUUGAUAGCAGCAGGAGCAUCCAGUUAAGAUCAAAACACAGUUUUAUACAUUGUACACACAAAUUUGAUGACUAAUUUAAUUGGCAGCACAUGUUAAUAAGUUAUGGUUUUUAUUUGAUUAUUAUUGUAGUUUAUUUUCAUCGACAUUUACUUUUAUUUUAUAACUUUAUUCACCGAAUUUUAAUCUCUU